CGCUCUCUCUCCCAAUCUGUGUCAACCUCACACUUGACGAUAGUUAUAGUUCAAUCACCGCGAAACUUUACUCCGCCUCGUCGCUUCAUCAAUCGAUCCAAACCCUAGCGCAAAUCCCCUCUCUCCUGGCCGGAAUCGCACCGGGGCCGUACAAGCUCCACUCCCCUCCCACCCGCGGGCGGUCUGGCCUGCUGCCGCCGCCGCGAUCUCUAGCGCCGCCCGGAUUUGAGGGUUCCGCGCGAUGUCGUGGGCCGGGCCCGACGAGAUCUUCCUCUCCACAUCCCUCGCCGGCUUCCUGGACAAGAAACUUAUUGUCCUACUACGAGAUGGACGGAAGCUGCUUGGCACACUCUGUUCAUUUGAUCAGUUUGCAAAUGUUGUUCUUCAGGGUGCUUGUGAACGAGUAAUUGUAGGGGAACUAUAUUGUGAUGUUCCUCUUGGGCUAUAUGUGAUCCGGGGAGAGAAUGUUGUAUUAAUUGGAGAAUUGGAUCGUGAGAAGGAUGAACUCCCUGCUCACAUGACUUGUGUUUCAGAGGCUGAAAUAAGAAAGGCUGAGAAAGCAGAAAGGGAAGCAAGAGAUCUGAAAGGUUCAAUGAGGAAGAGGAUGGAGUUCUUAGACUUUGAUUAGAAUGGAUUGACCAUCUUGAUAGUUGCUGCUCCCACUAUGGCCGCAAGUUUUUAAUGGCAGCCUCUGCUACAUAUGUGGGCUAAUGAAAGCCUGAUUGCGUUGUAUCUCAUGUUACUUGUUCAGCCAGGAUGCUUUGGGUUGGAGAUUUCAGGAAACAUACUCUUUUACAGCGGUAAUGUACUUGUGUUCUUAAAAUUUCUUCAGAUAUCUCUUGUUACCCCCCCUCCUCUUUUCCUUGUCACGUGAAAUCUGUGGAAUUUGCGUUGCCACCCUUCUCUGUUUUCGCGGUCACAUUGUCCUAGAUCAUCUUUAACCUGCCAUCUUCGGAUGGAAUGGCAAUGCUUAGCAUAUUGGCAUUCGAUCUGUAAA